AUUGAUCAUUUAAAAAGCCCGCUUAAAGGAAUUGUCAAAAUUCUUUUUGUCGCUAAGUUGGCAUAACUGUCCUCUAUACUGACGCGGAGCUGGAGUGCCAUCUGUCAUUUAAUGUGAUUAUCGUGCUCGAUUUUAUCAGUUCAUCUCAAGUGUGUUUUGCGAUUUUUACAAUGAAUGAAAAGAUCGAACAAAGAAUUUGUCUCAAAUUUUGUAUUGCAAAUAGAAUUUCGUGUGCCGAAUCGCUGAAGAUGUUACAGAAGGCUUACGGUGAAUCGACUUUAUCAAAAACACGUGCAUAUGAAUGGUACAGUGCAUUGAAAAGCGGUCGAGAUGUGGUGAAAGAUUUGCCUCGCUCUGGUCGGCCAUCAACGUCUUCAACUGAAGUUAACAUCGAUAAAGUGAAGGAAAUGGUGAUUGAAAAUCGUCAUUUCAGUUUGAGAGAGAUAGCCGCUGAACUUACGGUGUCUCACGAAUCAAAUUCGUCGAAAAAGGCCAGAUUUGUGGAAAACAAACUCAUGGAUUUUGCACCAUGAUAAUGCACCAUCUCACAAGGCUAUCAUUGUGAACGAAUUUCUGACCAAAAACUCAACAAAUAUCAUCGAACAACCACCGUAUUCACCAGAUAUGGCUCCGGCUGACUUUUUUCUCUUUCCAAAACUCAAAUUACCACUUCGGGGCACUCGUUUUCAGUCGAUAGAAGACAUAAAAGAGAAUUCGCGUCGAGAACUGAAGUCGAUUUCGGAAAAUGCGUUUAAAAAAUGUUUUGAUGAUUGGAUUAUUCGUUGGCAUAAAUGUAUUAUUUCGAAAGGAGCCUACUUUGAAGGCGAUACAAUAAAUUUGAAUGAAUAAUAACUAUUUUGUGUUUUAUUGACCAAUUCCCGGUACUUU